AAUUCGCCAACUGAAAAAGUGGGAAAGGAUGUCUGGAGGCGAGGCGUCCCGUUACAGAGGAAGGAGCUCGCUAUAUAAGCCAGCCAAAGCUGGCUGCUCUGGCCACAGCCUGCCUACUGUCACCCGCCUCUCCCGCGCGCAGACACGCGUCCCCGCCCCUGGUCUGCACAAAGCGCGGCUGGGGGAGCCCUGGGGGCCACGCACGUGGGGACCCGCCGCCGCUCAGGGCCAGGUGCUUCUUCCAUGGAUCUGGGUCACUCAAGGACCUAGUCUUUCCCACUGCGGAAAGAGGAUAAUUCUUUCAGGAAGAUCAGAGACAACUAAUUUGGAUUCUUCUCUGUGUUUCUAAAUCCCCAAUUCUGUCAAGAGUGAGACACUCUAGGAUCUAGAACUCCAGAAACACACAGCCAAACCCACCUCCACCAUGGGGGCUGUGACCUGGCUGUUGGCGGGCAUCUGUCUAGCUUUGCUCACCCUCUCUACUGAAGGUGGGGUUCUGAAGAGACUAAUCCGUCACAAGCGGCAGAGUGGGGUGAACAUCACCCUGCCGGAGGAAAAUCAGCCGGUAGUAUUUAAUCAUGUCUAUAACAUCAAGUUGCCGGUGGGAUCCCAGUGUGCGGUGGAUCUGGAAUCAACCAGUGGGGAGAAAGACCUGGCCCCACCCUCAGAGCCCAGUGAAAACUUCCAGGAGCACACAGUGGAUGGGGAAAACCAGAUUGUCUUCACCCACCGCAUCAACAUCCCCCGCCAGGCCUGUGGCUGUGCCGCGGCCCCAGAUGUCAAGGAGCUCCUGAGCAGGUUGGAGGAGCUGGAGAGCCUGGUGUCUUCCCUGCGGGAGCAAUGCACUGCAGGUGCUGGCUGCUGUCUCCAGCCUGCUGAAGCCCCUGUGGACACCAGGCCCUUGUGCAGUGGCCGGGGCAACUUCAGCACUGAAGGAUGUGGCUGUGUCUGUGAACCUGGCUGGAAAGGCCCCAACUGCUCUGAGCCUGAAUGUCCAGGCAACUGUCACUUUCAAGGCCAGUGCCUCGAUGGGCAGUGCAUCUGUGACGAGGGCUUUACCGGUGAGGACUGCAGCCAGCUUGCCUGCCCCAGCGAUUGUAAUGAUCAGGGCAGGUGUGUGGAUGGGUCCUGUAUCUGUUUCGAAGGCUACACGGGAGCUGACUGCAGCCAGGAGAUCUGCCCGGUACCCUGCAGCCCAGAUCACGGCACAUGUGUUGACGGCCAGUGUGUAUGCCACGAUGGCUUUGCUGGCGACAACUGCAAUGAGCCCCUGUGUCUCAACAACUGCCACAACCGUGGGCGGUGUGUGGAGAAUGAGUGUGUGUGUGAUGAGGGCUUCACGGGUGAAGACUGCAGUGAGCUCAUCUGCCCCAAUGACUGCUUCGACCGGGGCCGCUGCGUCAACGGCACCUGCUACUGUGAAGAAGGCUUCACAGGCGAGGACUGUGGCAAACUCACCUGCCCACAUGCCUGCCAUGGCCAGGGCCGGUGCGAGGAGGGGCAGUGCGUGUGCUAUGAGGGCUUCGCCGGUGCAGACUGCAGUGAGAAGAGAUGUCCUGCCGAUUGUCACAACCACGGCCGCUGUGUGAACGGGCGGUGUGAGUGUGACGAUGGCUUCACAGGAGUCAACUGUGGGGAACUCAAGUGUCCCAAUGGCUGCAGUGGCCAUGGCCGCUGUGUCAAUGGGCAGUGUGUGUGUGAUGAAGGCUACACUGGGCAGGACUGCAGCCAGCUGCGGUGCCCCAAUGACUGUCACAGCCGGGGCCGCUGUGUCCAGGGCAAGUGCAUGUGUGAGCAAGGCUUCAAGGGCUAUGACUGCAGUGAUAUGAGCUGCCCCAAUGACUGUCACCAGCAUGGCCGCUGUGUGAAUGGCAUGUGCGUCUGCGAUGAUGACUACACUGGAGAGGACUGUCGAGAUCGCCGAUGUCCCAGGGACUGCAGCAACCGGGGGCGCUGUGUGGAUGGGCAGUGCGUGUGUGAGGAUGGCUUUGCUGGCCCCGACUGCGCAGAACUGUCCUGUCCAAAUGAUUGCCAUGGUCGGGGGCGCUGUGUGAACGGGCAAUGCGUUUGCCAUGAAGGUUUCAUGGGCAAAGACUGCAAGGAACAAAGGUGUCCCAGCGACUGUCAUGGCCAGGGCCACUGUGUAGAUGGCCAGUGCAUCUGCCACGAGGGCUUCACAGGCCUGGACUGCGGGCAGCGCUCUUGCCCCAAUGACUGCAGUAACUGGGGGCAAUGUGUCUCUGGCCGCUGCAUCUGCAAUGAAGGCUACACGGGGGAAGACUGCUCAGUGGUGUCCCCUCCCAAAGACCUCAUUGUGACAGAAGUGACAGAAGAGACCGUCAACCUGGCCUGGGACAAUGAGAUGCGAGUCACAGAGUACCUCAUCUUGUAUACACCCACCCACGUGGGCGGCCUGGAAAUGCAGUUUCGCGUGCCUGGGGACCAGACAUCCACCACCAUCCGGGAGCUGGAGCCUGGUGUGGAGUACUUUAUCCGCGUGUUCGCCAUCCUUGAGAACAAGAGGAGCAUUCCCGUCAGUGCCAGGGUGGCCACCUACUUGCCUGCACCCGAAGGCCUAAAGUUCAAGUCCAUCAAGGAGACAUCUGUGGAGGUCGAGUGGGAUCCCCUAGAUAUUGCUUUUGAAACGUGGGAGAUCAUCUUCCGGAAUAUGAAUAAAGAAGAUGAGGAAGAGAUCACCAAAAGCCUGAGGAGGCCAGAGACCUCGUACCGACAAACUGGUCUAGCUCCUGGGCAAGAGUAUGAGAUAUCUCUGCACAUUGUGAAGAACAAUACCCGGGGUCCUGGCCUAAAGAAGGUGACCACUACCCGUUUAGACGCCCCAAGCCAGAUUGAGGUAAAAGAUGUCACAGACACUACUGCUUUGAUCACCUGGUUCAAACCCCUGGCUGAGAUUGACGGCAUUGAGCUUACCUAUGGCAUCAAAGACGUGCCGGGCGACCGCACCACCAUAGAUCUCACACAGGAUGAGAACCAGUACUCUAUUGGGGAUCUGAAACCUGACACCGAGUAUGAGGUGUCCCUAAUCUCACGCAGAGCUGACAUGUCUAGCAAUCCUGCCAAAGAGACCUUCACAACAGGCCUGGAUGCUCCCAGGAAUCUCCGACGUGUCUCCCAGACAGAUAACAGCAUCACCCUGGAAUGGAGGAAUGGAAAGGCAGCUAUAGACAGUUACAGAAUUAAGUACGCACCCAUCUCUGGGGGUGACCAUGCCGAGGUCGACGUUCCAAAGAGCCAACAAGCUACAACCAAAACCACACUCACAGGUCUGAGACCAGGAACUGAAUAUGGAAUUGGAGUUUCUGCUGUGAAGGAGGAUAAAGAGAGUAAUCCAGCAACCAUCAAUGCGGCCACUGACAUAGAUGCACCCAAAGACCUACGGGUUUCUGAAACUAAGAAGACUGGUCUGACUCUACUCUGGAGGACACCGUUGGCCAAGUUUGACCGCUAUCGCCUCAACUACAGCCUCCCUGCAGGCCAACCGGUGGAGGUGCAGCUUCCAAGAAACACUACCUCCUAUGUCCUGAGAGGUCUGGAACCCGGGCAGGAAUACACCAUCCUCCUGACAGCCGAGAAGGGCAGACACAAGAGCAAGCCCACGCGCCUAAAGGCAUCCACCGAACAAACCCCUGAACUGGAAAACCUUACCGUGACUGAGGUUGGCUGGGAUGGCCUCAAACUCAACUGGACGGCAGCUGACCAGGCCUAUGAGCACUUUGUCAUUCAGGUGCAGGAGGCCAACAAAGUGGAGGCAGCUUACAACCUCACAGUGCCCGGCAGCCUUCGGUCUGUGGACCUCCCAGGCCUCAAGGCUGGCACCCCUUAUAGAGUUUCCAUCUAUGGGGUGAUUCAAGGCUAUAGAACACCAGUGCUCUCUGCUGAGGCCUUCACAGGGGAAACUCCCGGUUUGGGAGAGGUCAUGGUGACUGAGGUGGGCUGGGAUGCCCUCAAACUCAACUGGACUGCUCCAGAAGGGGCCCAUGAGCACUUUUUCAUUCAGGUGCAGGAAGCUGACAAAGUAGAGACAACCCAGAACCUCACGGUCCCAGGAGGACUGAGGUCCGUGGACCUGCCGGGGCUCAGAGCAGCCACUCAUUAUACCAUCACCAUCCGUGGGGUCACUCAAGACCUUAGCACAAUACCUCUUUCAGUUGAAGUCUUGACAGAGGAGGUUCCAGAUCUGGGAAACCUCACAGUGACUGAGAUUAGCUGGGAUACCCUCAGAUUGGAUUGGACCACACCAGAUGGAACCUAUGACCAGUUUAUCAUUCAGGUCCAGGAGGCUGACCAGUUGGAAGCAGCUCACAAUUUCACAGUUCCUGGCAGCCUGCACUCCGUGGAAAUCCCAGGCCUCAGGGCUGGCACUCCUUAUACAAUCAGCAUGCAUGGUGAGGUCAGAGGCCACAGCACUCGACCCCUAGCUGUGGAGGCCAUCACAGAAGAGCUCCCCCAGCUGGGUGAUUUAGCCGUGACUGAGGUUGGCUGGGAUGGCCUCAGACUCAACUGGACAGCAGCUGACUUGGCCUAUGAGCACUUUGUCAUUCAGGUGCAGGAGGCCAACAAGGUGGAGGCAGCUCACAACCUCACAGUGCCCGGCGGCCUCCGGGCUGUGGACAUCCCGGGCCUCAAGGCUGGCACCCCUUAUAUAGUCUCCAUCUAUGGGAUGAUCCAGGGCUAUAGAACACCAGUGCUCUCUGCUGAGGCCUCCACAGCCACAGAACCUGAAAUUGGAAACUUAAAUGUUUCUGGCAUAACUCCUGAGAGCUUCAAUCUCUCCUGGACAGCUACCGAUGGGAUCUUCGAGACGUUUACCAUUGAAAUUAUUGAUUCCAAUAGGUUGCUGGAGACAGUGGAAUAUAAUAUCUCUGGUACUGAGCGAACUGCCCACAUCUCAGGGCUACCCCCUAGUACUGAUUUUAUUGUCUACCUCUCUGGACUUGCUCCCAGCAUCCGGACCAAAACCAUCAGUGCCACAGCCACCACAGAGGCCCUGCCCCUUCUGGAAAACCUAACCAUUUCCGACAUUAAUCCCUACGGGUUUACAGUUUCCUGGAUGGCAUCGGAGAAUGCCUUUGACAGCUUUCUAGUAACGGUGGUGGAUUCUGGGAAGCUGCUGGACCCCCAGGAAUUCACACUUUCAGGAACCCAGAGGAAGCUGGAGCUUAGAGGCCUCAUAACUGGCAUUGGCUAUGAGGUCAUGGUCUCUGGCUUCACCCAAGGGCACGAAACCAAGCCCUUGAGGGCUGAGAUUGUUACAGAAGCCGAACCAGAAGUUGACAAUCUUCUGGUUUCAGACGCCACUCCAGACGGUUUCCGUCUAUCCUGGACAGCUGAUGAAGGGGUCUUCGACAGUUUUGUUCUCAAAAUCAGAGAUACCAAAAAGCAGUCUGAGCCACUGGAAAUAACCCUACUUGCCCCCGAACGUACCAGGGACAUAACAGGUCUCAGAGAGGCUACUGAAUACGAAAUUGAGCUCUAUGGAGUAAGCAAUGGAAGGCGAUCCCAGCCAGUCAGUGCUAUAGCAACAACAGCUAUGGGCUCCCCAAAGGAAAUCAUUUUCUCAGACAUCACUGAAAACUCAGCAACUGUCAGUUGGAUGGCACCCACAGCACAGGUGGAGAGCUUCCGGAUUACCUAUGUGCCCAUUACUGGAGGUAUACCGUCAAUGGCAACCGUGGAAGGAACCGAGACUCAGGCCAGGCUAGUGAGGCUCAUACCUGGGGUGGAGUACCUUGUCAGUGUCAUCGCCAUGAAGGGCUUCGAGGAAAGUGAACCUGUCUCAGGGUCAUUCACCACAGCUCUGGAUGGCCCAUCUGGCCUGGUGACAGCCAACAUCACUGACUCAGAAGCCUUAGCCAGGUGGCAGCCAGCCAUUGCCACUGUGGAUAGUUACAUCAUCUCCUACACAGGGGAGAGAGUGCCAGAAAUUACACGCACAGUAUCUGGGAACACGGUGGAAUACGCUCUGACCGACCUUGAGCCUGCCACAGAAUACACACUGAGAAUCUUUGCAGAGAAAGGGCCCCAGAAGAGCUCAACCAUCACUACCAAAUUCACAACAGACCUCGAUUCUCCAAGAGACUUGACUGCUACGGAGGUUCAGUCCGAAACUGCCCUUCUCACCUGGAGACCUCCCCGGGCAUCAGUCACUGGUUACCUCCUAGUCUAUGAAUCCGUGGAUGGUACAGUCAAGGAAGUCAUUGUGGAUCCAGACACCACCUCCUACAGCCUGGCAGACCUGAAUCCAUCCACCCACUACACAGCCAAGAUCCAGGCAUUAAAUGGGCCCCUGAGGAGCAGACUGAUUCAGACCAUCUUCACAACAAUUGGACUUCUGUACCCCUUUCCCAGGGACUGUUCACAAGCAAUGCUAAAUGGAGACACGACCUCUGGUCUCUACACUAUUUAUCUGAAUGGCGAUAAGGCCCAGGCUCUGGAAGUCUUCUGUGACAUGAUCUCUGAUGGGGGCGGAUGGAUCGUGUUUCUGAGACGCAAAAAUGGACGUGAGGACUUCUACCGAAACUGGAAGGCCUAUGCUGCUGGAUUUGGGGACCACAGAGAAGAAUUCUGGCUUGGGCUAGACAACCUGAGCAAAAUCACAGCCCAGGGUCAAUAUGAGCUCCGGGUGGACCUCCGGGACCAUGGGGAGACAGCCUUUGCUGUGUACGACAGAUUCAGCGUGGGAGACGCCAAGACUCGCUACAAGUUGAAGGUGGAGGGAUACAGUGGGACAGCAGGUGACUCCAUGGCCUACCACAAUGGCAGAUCCUUCUCCACCUUUGACAAAGACACAGACUCAGCCAUCACCAACUGUGCCCUAUCCUACAAGGGGGCUUUCUGGUAUAAGAACUGUCAUCGUGUCAACCUGAUGGGGAGAUAUGGGGACAACAGCCACAGUCAGGGUGUUAACUGGUUCCACUGGAAGGGCCAUGAACAUUCAAUACAGUUUGCUGAGAUGAAACUGAGACCCAGCAACUUCAGAAAUCUUGAAGGCAGGCGCAAACGGGCGUAAAUUCCAGGGACCACUAGAUAAGAGAGAAAUAGGGUCCAGAGGAAGGAAAGGAUCUUACCAAAGCACCAAUACAACCAGUCCAGCCAUCAAUCUACUCCUGGACAUUUGGCAAGAGUCAAAGUCGACCAUGUAUCACUGGGGCCAACAGAGAUUGCAUGGGCCUCACCUCCUCUGCGAUUACUUUCUUCGCACCAAAGACAUCAGUCUCCAACAGGUUUCUAUUUUGUUGUUUGAAUCAGCAAAAAUUUUCCAGUGACAACAUCACCAUGGUUUUUACUUUUCUUGGUGGCUCUGAGGAUGGGAGAGGGGUAGGCUGUACAGGGGUAGUUUGUCUUAGAACCAGCCGUAUUUUACACGAAGCUGUAUAAUUAAUUAUCAUUAUUUUUGUUAGUAAAAAUUAAAUGUGUGUCAUCGGAAUCCAUCCCCUUUUUUUCCUUUUUUUUUUUUUUUUUACAUUUCAUACAACAGAAACCAGAAGAGCAAUACUGUUUCCAUUUUAAGGAUAUGAUUAAUGUUAUUAAUAUAAUAAUGAUGAAGAUUAUGAAAACUUAGAAUUUUUAAAGAUAUCUUCCUUUCCAAACACAUCUGGACAGAACCUGAUUGUAUUUUUUUUUUUUUUUUUAAUAAAAGCACAAGUACUUUUGAGUUUG